AUAAAAAUCUAGCCGAAGCUUGGGAAGUCCUAUUUGGGGCUCUUCCUCCCUCCUCCUCCUCCCACGGCCGGUCCCGCGGUGGAAGUGACAGCUCGCAGCGGGAAGAUGCGCUCCUGGAAAGCCAUGGCAGCCCUACUGCUCUGCUCACUGCUGCUCAGCCAGACGCUCUGUGCUUCCCUGCCCCCCCGGGAGCCCCAGCUCAGCCGGCAGAGGAGGAUGACACCCUUCUGGAGAGGGGUCUCCCUGCGACCUGUAGGAGCCUCCUGCAGGGACAACAGCGAGUGCAUCACCAUGCUCUGCAGGAAGAACCGCUGCUUCCUCAGAACUGCCUCGGAGUGACCUGUCGCCAGGAGAACACCCAUCACUGUUACUGCUCCCCGUGCUCCCCUCUGCUCUCAAAUAUUUAUUGGCCAUUCAAAAAACUAGGACGGUGACUGGAGCAACAAGUGUAUCUCACAUCUCUGUCACACGAACUGCCAAAAAGGACUUCAAAGAGCCGGAGAGCGUUUCCGAGCCAGGGCUGUAGCUCUGCAGCACAUGCCUCAGGACAACUCUCUGGCCAAGCUCAAUAAAAGGACUCUGCCUCUC